UCACGGAGAAACCUGUGCGAAGAAGCCUUACUUAAAAUUAAAGGGGUCAUCAGCUUUACAUUUCAAAUGGCAAUUCAAAGAUGUGUUGUCAGAAUCAGAUCAGAUUUAAAAGCAGAGGCACUGGGCACAGCAAUAGCAUCAACCAAAGUUAUGAAAGCCCAGCAAGUUGUAAAAAGUGAAAGUGGAGAAGAGAUGUUGGUUCCUUUCCAAGAUACUCCAGUAGAAGUGGAGCAAAAUACUGACCUUCCUGAAUACUUGCCAGAAGAUGAAAGUCCUUCAAAGGAGCAAGACAAAGCCGUGUCCCGGGUUGGAUCACACCCAGAAGGGGCAGCCAGUUGGCUGAGCACAGCUGCAAAUUUUCUUUCCAGAUCCUUCUAUUGGUGACUUUGAAUCAAGGCUAAAGGACUGUGCCAACCAACAGGGGGUAGUUUUCCCAUUAUUUUGGCGAACUGCCGAGUGCAAUUUGCAAUAAGUUAUCGUAACAGAUUUUUUUAGACUACACAAAAUAUAUACUGUGUUUUACAUUUUAUUGGACAUUUUGGCCUUUUGAGCAUUCAGAAGAUGGAAGCCUCAAAUCAACGUUUGUUCAUUCCCUCCUCCCCCUCCUUUUAUGUUUUAUUGCCUCACUUUUUAAUGUGGGUCCAUGAUCAACCAAACAUUUUUGAAUUUAUGAAGCUUUAAGUUAACAUUCAUGAUAAAUAGGUGCAGAGCCCACUCAACAAAAAUGUCAGGACAUACGUGCAAAGAAAUUGUUAGCUCUGAUUUUACAAAAUGAAAUGCCUUUUUUUUUCCUUUUCUUUUUAGCCUUAUUUCAGAUUAUAUAUUUCAAUUAGAAGAAAAGAAAGAUAGAUUUAUUCACCUUUUUUUUCAGAGCCAGGGUGUCAUGCUCUAUUUGUAGGAAUGUAAGAUGACUUGGACUUGGAGAUUUGUUUUUUUUUAAUUGUUAGCCCGUAACCACUUUCAAUAGGAACGUUUUAGUAAGAAGAAGUUAAGACAGAAAUGCAUGUGUAUUUAUACACAUUAUAAAUAAUCUGCUGUAAAAAUGCUUCUGACGAAGGCUGUGAUUUUCCAAGGAUGACAAGAAACUAUUGAUUGGAAUGUAGGUCUUUGCUUUUCACAGACUUCAAUUUGUUCCCAUGAUACUUUGUCUGUAGUAGAAAGUCUGGUGACUGAUUUGGAAACAAACUUUUGAGUGAGAGCUGAAAAUACAAGUUUAUGGAGAAGGGAUAAGAAACAGGAUGCUGAAUAUGCCAUUGUGCUGCUACAUUUUAAACGUUUUGGCUUGAUAGAAACCAUAUAUUAUUCCUAUUGCCUUUUAAAGAAGCUGAUGUCCUGUGUCCAUAGGGCUGAUAUUUGGAGCUGUAUGACAGUCUAUGUCAUGUCAGAGCCAGGAGCAGGGCAAAAUUAGUGCCUGAUAGCUAGGGUUGAGGGGCAUCUUUGAAAAGAUGAAAAGUUCCUAAAAGUGCAUUGUAGUUAGUCUGUUAAAACACCUAUACUUGGAGAGCAUCAUCUUGCAUUGUAGCUCCUUAAAGAAGUUCUAAAGUGCUUGGAUCUUGUCUUUUAGUUCCCAAUAGUCAUAAAACAGGUGCUGUUUCAGUCGGCAAGAUGUUGAGAAGAGCAAUUAGAUUAUUGAAAUUUCAGCUGAGAUUUUUCUCAGUUUGUUAGAACAACUGCUACGUUGCACCACAGAAGUAUAGCUGAGAAAUUGCAGUGCUGUUCAAAAUUAAGUCCUUUGCAAUUCAUUUUGUGCUACAGUUGUUACAGAUACUGACUUUUUUGAGGCAAAGCUUUAUCUUUUGGAAGACCGUAGAUUUGUCUUGCACAAUUGCAGCAAUUAAAUAGCAUCAUGGAAUUCUCAUAUAAACAAAACUAAUGUGCAACAGAGAAGGAAUAGUCCAAAAAUAAUUUAAAAUUCACCUGAAUGCAGUGUCCUUUUAAGAUGAAGAAUUUACUUUCAGAUUAGAUUAUUUUCUUUUAUCAUAUCUUUAUUUGGUUAAAGUUUACGCACACAGAAUACAAGCUUUCUAAGGCAUGUAUUAUAAUCAAUAUGUAUUACAAAGCAUAUUGCUGUCUAGAAUGUUACAAUACCAAAUGUGUUUGCAAAGAUCUCCGCUGUGUAACUAUGGAUGCAAUGUUUACUUUUCAUUUUAACAUCUUUUCUCUACAUUUUGCAUUGCCGCACACCUCCUUUACUACAUGACACAUCUCUUUGGAUAUUAGUGAUUCUAUACUAGUAAAUAUUAAAAUGUGCAUUUGGUUUGUAAGUAUGCUUUUUUGGUCAGUAUUGCAGCUGUCCAGUUAAUGUAUCUGUAAAACAGAUUUUGCAAAACUGUAAAAUAAAAGUGUAAUAUAAUGAA